AUGGCUCUGGACUCGGUUCCUCCUUACCCCUGCGACCUGGGCUCCUCCAGCAGGGCCGCCGCAUCCAGGACCCAGCAGAGGAUCAGGAAAGAUGAGCGCACCUGGACCUCGGACACGUACGCGCCGUACGACGACGGGCACCAAUGGAGGAAGUACGGCGAGAAGAAGCUCUCCAUCUCCAACUUCCCCAGGUUCUAUUACAGAUGCACCUACAAGAACGACAUGAAGUGCCCCGCGACAAAGCAAGUCCAACAGAAGGACACCAGCGACCCACCAUUGUUCUCUGUCACUUACUUCAACCAUCACACCUGCAGCACCAGCUCAAGCGCCGUAGGAAGUGCUAGAGACAUCGCGUCGCAGUCAUCUUCGAAGAAGGCGGUGUCAAUCUGCUUCAGCCCGCACGCUGCCUCCGAACAGCCCUCAUUCCUGACAUCCCCGGCAACGCCACGAUCACCAAUCAUGCACUCUUACAGCGCCAACCAACAGCCUGACAGGAGCGCCUACACAUACCAGCAACUCCAGUGGACAGGCGGCGUACCAUCUCACGGAAGCAACGGUCCUGCUAAGAUGGAGGUUGAUGACUCUGCGCAGCCAAGCCCCUCGUCCAGCAGCACCAGCGCUCUGUCGAGGACGCUGCUACCAAUCGGUCAGUCCAGGUGCAUCGAGUACUUCCAUUUCUUGUGA